AUGGGAAAUGUUUGUUUUCGUGAAGAAUUAGUCUAAAACGAUAUAGUUAAACUGAAAUUUGAUGAAGAUGAUCUCCAUGCCACUGCUAUAAGUAUCUAAGGAAGGGAAACAAAAUAAUUGGCAUAAUUAUCCGAUUUUAAGAAAAUAAAAUUGCUUGGUAAAGGAGCAUAUGGAAGAGUCAUGCUAGUUGAAUACGACAAAAAAGGGAAAUUGAAGCUUUAUGCAAUGAAGAUAUUGGAGAAGAAAAAUAUUAGAAAGGAAUCUCAGAUUAGACAUGUUUUGGAUGAAAGAAAGAUAUUGGAGAAGUGUAAUUCCCAUUUUGUUGUUAAGUAAUGCUCUUAUUUAAAUGUCUAGACUAAGGUAUGCAUUUUAAAAUCAUGCUCGGUUGUAUUUUAUAGUGGAUUAUAUGGAAGGAGGGGAUUUAUAUUAUCAUAUCAAACAAUAGCCUAUAUUUCCGGAUAAGUUUAUUAGGUUUUAUGCUGCUGAAAUAUUGUUUGGAUUAUAGCAUUUGCAUUCUUUGAAUGUAAUAUAUAGAGAUCUCAAACCUGAAAACAUUCUCUUGAAUCAAUCUGGACAUAUUAAAUUAUCUGAUUUCGGUCUCUCUAAGAUUCUUGACGAUUUCAAUGACAAGGCUGAUACAUGCUGUGGAACAAUAGAUUAUUUGGCUCCAGAAGUAUUAGGCGGUGAAGGAUAUUCAUUUACUUGUGAUUUCUAUAGUUUAGGUUGUCUAAUAUACGAGAUGUAUUUUGGAAUGCCUCCUUUCUACAGUAAAAACAAAAGACUAAUGAUUUAAAAUAGGAGUAUUAGAUUGGUACCUUUUUUGGAAUAGUGUCCUUAAGAUGCAAAAGAUUUAUUGACUAAACUCCUUGAGGUGGAUGUAUGAUAUUUAUGAUGAAAUAAGCCCAAAAAAAGAUUAGGAAGAAAAGGAGCUGAAUAAAUUUUAAAUCACGCAUAUUUUCUUGAAUUAGAUCUAUAAAAGAUGAAGGAAUUGCAGAUACAGGCACCCAUCACAAUAGUGAAUUCAGAUUAUAUAGAUCUAAAAAUGUUUAAGGAAAAAGUUCCAUUGACGCCUUAAAACAAAGGAACUCUAAAGAUCUUUGAAGGAUUUACUUAUUUAUAGAAGGAAAGUCAAGAUUAUUGA